GGCGGGGAGGUUCGUGCUUCGUGGUGGUGGCGCCGCGCACGCGCGGAGCGGGUGGCGCCGAGGCUGUGGGCAGCCAGGUGAGGGGUGUCACGGCCCAGCGCGCGUUACCGCUGCGGGCGCGGUGUGACCGUAAUGCUCGGGGCGGCCCGAUCUCGGCUAGGACCGGCCCCACUUCGCCACGGGGAGGGGCUGCGCGCUUGCUCGGCCGCGACGGCUACGCUGGAACUCUCGUCCCGUCGGGCUCCGGGACAGCCCGGCCUGGCCCUGCUCGGGGGCGAGGCGCCGGGGAGGCGGCCGGCAGGGAGAGCACGGCGGUCCUUUCAGAAUUUUCAUUCAGAAGGGAUAUGAGGAAGCAUUUCUAAGGCUACAUCUCCACUAGGAGUGAUUUGCAGUUCCUCCAUGGAAAAGGUGUUGAAGACAGCCACCAGCACUGUGGAAGCAUGGAGACAAAAUAGUCAUGUAUUGACACCCUCAAGAAGAUACUGGGCACACUGAUGGAAAUGAAGAGCUUGAACCAUCACUUCAGAAUGGCAGCAACUGAAUCUGACAAGGACUCCGGAUACUCAGAUGGCAGUUCAGAGUGCCUAAGUGCUAUGGAGCACACUGACUCUGAGGAUGUCCUGAAUACAUUGUGUUGGAAUGCAGAGGAUGGGCCUUGGCCUUGCCCCGUGACCACGAGUGGCUCCUUUCCUGCACUUUCUCCUAUGGUUGUAAUGAAAAAUGUUCUAGUAAAGCAGGGGAGUUCAUCCCAGCUCCAGUCUUGGACUGUCCAACCAUCCUUUGAAGUGAUUCCAGCUCAGCCACAGCUGGUAUUUCUUCACCCAUCAAUCCCACCUCCCAUUAACCCUCACCCUGUUGGGAAAAAGAGAAAUGAUUCCACUAACUACCUGCCCAUCCUGAACUCUUAUCCCAAAAUAGCACCACAGCCCUGCAAAAGAGAUCACUCCUUUGAUCUAGAGGAACGUCAGGAAACCAGUUGCCAUAAACGACUCUGCACAGAAACAUCUAAAAUGGAGAAUUCUCCUGUAUCAAGGAGCACAGGUUUGUCUACUAGUCCUUUUGCCCACAUACCAGUAAGCUUUAAGGCUCCUCAGGAUUCUAACCAGCAAAGUUCUUCAAGUUUGAUGACAACUGGAAAAGUGUCAACUCUUCCUGGUUUCCAUUGUGUUUCUGCUGACACUCCGAAAGUUCCAGGUUUGGCUUCUCUCUUGCCUUUUGGAGCUCUACAGACAGCAAAGUGCACUCCUCAUGAGAAUGAGAGUGCAGCGCAAACUACAAUGCAGUCUGCGGUGUGGAGCCUGCCAUUGAUACCAGAAGAGACUUGCACUACCCCUGAGCUGCUUUUGCAACAGCAGAGUAAGUGCAGACGCUUUCAGAAUACACUCGUUGUGCUACGCAGGUCAGGAUUGCUGGAGAUCACUUUAAAAACCAAGGAGCUCAUUCAUCAGAACCAGGUGACUCAAGCUGAGCUGGACAGGCUGAAACACCAAACACAACUUUUCAUAGAGGCAAUAAAGAACAAUGCUCCACAGUCAUGGGCAGAGCUAGAAGCAUCUCUAACAGGUUCAGAUAAAGCUAAUAGCAACCUUGAAGACUCCACUUAUCCAAACAUGUAGUAAAAUGGUAUAUAGCUGUUAAGUUAUUCCUGUGCCUCCUAAUUCCUGUCUCAAGCUUUUACUUGAACAUUCUGAGUCCAAGAUGUGCAAGGUGGCAUGCCAUUUACAACUUGUCUUUACAGCCAGUCGUGGGACUGGAACAGCACAGUGGGAUCUUGACGAGAUGAGUACUCACUCCAGCGUGACCUUGAACUCCAUGCUAACUCUAUACUUUCUUGGACUUCAGAAGCUUGGAUGUGCUCUGCUGGCAUGUUCCCAUUCUUGCUGUGAGAAGACAGUCAUUUGCAGAAUUCUGCAAGCAACUCUCUUCCUAUUCCCUUCUUCAGAUAGUCAGUUCUGAGAGUGGCACUGCAAAACAGUCCCCAGUAUUGGGCUAUCACCAGUUGCAAGUAGAUGAAGAGAGUUGGUGUGAGGAGAGGAAGCUUAGUUUGGUGGGGUGGUGUCAGACUGUUGCUGACUGUUGACAGAGAGUCUUGCUUUUGGGGUUACAAUUGUUCUGAAUUAGUGGAGAUCUGCUUGCGGUGAAGCAACAUUCUGUAUUUAUUGCAAUCUUUGACCAAAGUGACAAGAGUCUUAGGAGCCCAGUGACUUGAUUUUGAUGAGUAUACAUUUAGAUUUUGAUCUGUAAAGAUGAGUGAAUGAGAAUUGCAAGGCUUGCACUGGAAGUAUUUGUUUCAAAGCUGUAUGUAUUUGCACUACCCAUUAGUGACUAAAAAGUGUACAGGGCAAGUGGCUUUGGAUUUUCUUGGUAGAAUGCAGAGGUGUUUUUAAACAUGGUGCAAGGGAGAUACUUGUUCACCAGGGUUAAUGUGGCAAGACUGAUUAAAUGUUAUUUCAUCUGUGUAUCUUUAUAGUUUAUAAGGCUGAACUUCUUUUUUUGCUGUGAAAUUGUUCUGGUCUUGUUGAUCCCCUUGAUGAGGGGAUAAUGUCCAUGCUCAGCAAGUUUGCUGAUUACUUGAAGCUGGGAGGAAUGGCUGACUCACCAGAAGGCUGUGCUGCCAUUCAGCGAGACCUGAACGGGCUGAAGAGCUGGUCAGAGAGGAAGCAGAUUAGGUUUAACAAGAGCAAGUGUAAAGUCUUGCACCUAGGGAGAAAUAACCACAUGCAUGAGUACAGGCUGGGGGUGAUCUACUGGAGAGGAGGUCUGCAGAAUGGGUCUCAGGUGUCCUGAUGGACAGCAGGUUGGCUGUGAGCCAGCAGUGUGCCCUGGCGGCCAAGAAUGUCGAUGGCAUCCUUGGAUGCCUUAAAAAGAGCAUGGCCAGCAGGUCAAGGGAGGUGAUCUUCCCCUUCUACUCUGCCCUGGUGACACCUCACCUGGAGUAUUGCGUCCAGUUCUGGGCUCCCCAGUACAGAAAAGACAGGGAUCUGCUGGAAAAGAGUCCAGCAGAGCGCCACAAAGAUGACAAAGGGCCUGGAGCACCUCUCUUAUGAGGAAAGGCUGAGUGACCUAUCUCUGUUCAGCCUUGAAAAAAGAAGACUGAGAGGGGAUUUGAUCAAUGUCCAUAAACAUCUAAGGUGCAGGAGGCAAAGGGAUGAGGCCAGACUCUUUUCUGUAGUGGCAACAGGACAAGGGAUGGCCACAAACUGAAGCAUAGGAAGUUCUGUUCAAAUGUACAUAAAAACUUCUUCACAGUAAGGGUGAUGGAGCACUGGAUCAGGCUGCUCAGAGGGAUGUGAAGCCUCCUUCUCUGAAGAUAUUUAAGAUCCGCCUGGAUGCCUACCUGUGGAACCUGGUCUAGGGAGCCUACUUUGGCAGGGGGGAUUGGAUUAGAUAUUCUCCUAGAGGUCCCAUUCAGCCCCUACGAUUCUGUGAAAUUGAUUGCUAAGAAUGGAAAAAAAGGAGAGAAGUGAGAGGAAAAGGGGCAUAAUGGCCCACGGUAAAACAAGUCCUUUCAUCUCCCUUCCCUCCUUCUUUUGUUAUUGAGAGAAAUUGAGUGAAUAUGUGUAUUUAAAAAUAACUAAAGAAAAAGAUGUCAACUUGGACAAUCUUGCUGAAAGUUUUAUCUGCUUGAGUUUGAAGUUAAACAAAACUAUUUUCCUCCACGUAAAUGUAUCUCAUCCCUAGCCUGCUUGACAUGAAAUGUAGUUAAGGCCUAACAUCUUCUGCAGUGGUAUUAGCAGACAUCUGCAGUAGUCAGUUGCAAAAGCUAUUCUACAGAUGUGGGUUUGUCUAGACACUUGUAUCAGUCCCUCCAAUAAAAAGGGUUUGUUUGUUUUUUACCAGAGGCAGGCUGUGUAAAAGAACUAGGAAUGUCUCUCCCUAUGAAGGAUAAGAAAUCUGGAUUGCUUAGAGUGUGUUCAUUUCCACUUGAAAAUGCUUUCCAAAAAUUGUGCUGUGUAUCACUGGUUAUUUUGAUGCUCUGAUCACUUCACUUCAGAUUCUUAAAAGUGAUACUUGAAAUUAUAGUAGAACUCUUGCUAGUUUGUGGUUAGACCCCUUCAUUCUCUGAUGCCUUUCGGAAUCAAGAUUAGAGAAGGCUGUGGAGAAUGCUGUUGUAGACUUCCUAAAAUACACUCAGUAGAAAAGGUGCAAGGGAUUGCCCUGUAAUAAGGGGUUUCCAUCUUUUUAGGGAAAAAUCUGAUGAAAAGAAGUGCCGUAGAUGUCUCAUGGAGGAGAAAUAGGAGUCACAUUUUCCCUAGACAGAGGCCUAGAGAUAAAUGUGUGGCAGAAUUCCCCAUAAAGCCCUUUAAAAGCUGUAACAAACUAAUAGCAAUAUGUUUCAUAGUAUCCUGCCCUCCUCCUGAACUGCUGUGCGGCUACUCCUGUAGCACAGUACAUGGGAAUUUAUUAAGAGACAAAUUUUUGAAGACUGUGUUAUGUUUUCACUAUAAUUGUGCAUAAUAGGAUAUCUCCCAACUUGCAGCACUGCAAUAUCAAAAUUCAGCCAGAGAAACCAGAAGGCAGGAAGGCAGCAUAAUACAGUGUAAUAAUGCAGGACGUAGCUAGCUGUUCUAGAACUACACAUGACAUGUGCAUUAAAUGACAAUUGUUGGGUGAGUAGAUAUGGUGGGGCCUUGUGCCAUUUGUGUAAGAAUGCCAGAAGGUAAGAGCUUCUUAGAGAAAGGAGUGGAAGGAGUAGGAGGCAGUUCCACUGAUCUGAUACCUUUAAUGGGCUUAGAGUUGUGGUGUGGGAAAGUGCAUAGGAUAUCUUUUCUAUUUUUCUUAGCAUUCUUAUUCUAUCUAUCAAUUAUAGAGGGGAAUAGGAAGUUCAGAAUGUGUUAAUAGGAAGUGAUUGUGAUCCUAGAAAACACGAUGGUGGAUUCAGGCUUUCUCUAGAGAAGAAAGGAGGUAAGAAAAAAAGAGUUGAAUUCCAGCUGUUUAUGAUGAGAGAGUACACCAGUGACCUCUUAAAUGAUUCUGUGUUAUUACUUCGAAAGGACCUUCAAAGAUCAUCGAAUCAAACUGCCUAACUGCUUCAGAGCUAGCUGAAAGCUAAAGCAUGUUAAUGAGGGCAUUAUCCAAAUAUCUUUUUUAAUAUCUCAAACAUGGGGUAUCAGCCCCCUCGUGGAGAUUUCCUCUAGGAAACCUGAUCCACUGUUUGACCAUCCUUACAGUAAAUAUUAUUUUUUUUUCCUAUUUGAUCUCCAUCCUAUUUCUACUGCUAUGUUGGAGUAAAGGGAGUGGAAAACCAACCUUGCAGGGCACUUUGACUUAGGGAGCCUCUAGCUGCUAAAACUCUCUCGUAGUCCUCUCAGCACCACAUACAUUUUUUCCUGACAACACCGAGAGUGAGCUGAAGUGUGUAUGCUUACAGCUGGUGGGCAUUUCAAACAGUUAAUUUGUAUAAACAUGUAUUUGAUAAAUCUGGGAAUAAUGUCCAGCAGCUGGUUAGAAAUCUACUGGGCAGCAGUCCAGAUUUUAACAGUUUUUGCUGAACUAGAAAAAUGACUCUAGAACUCUAGAUAGGUAAAGCCAGGGCCCCAUAGGAACUGUAUCCCUAGGCAAAUUUUGCUUCAAGAUGUGCCAUUAUGAGAAAGGAUGUUGAGGGCCCCUAAUGACAGAUACAUUGUCAAAUAUCUUCCUGUUCAGUUUCUCUUAGCUGCCUUUAUUCCUAGAAGCCCUAGUAAAGCUUUAAACAAUAAGGACUUCCCUCUCUUGGCUUCCAUUUAAUAAAACAGUAUAGCUCUGGUGCUCUUUUGAGGAAAAUCAGUUGACUGCGUUAGGACCAGAAUAGAUGUUGAUUCUGGGCAGGGGUCUGGAAGUGGUCCAGUGGAGAUGAGCAGAAACAUUAGCCUCUUUAAUUGGAAGUAUGUAAGCAGUGAACUUAGAGGGUUUUUUUUGUUGUUGUUGUUUUUUUUUACUUCAAAAGUGGCAAGACAAGUUAGUCUAAAGACACCUGUCACAGUCUGAAAAGUCAGUGAGGUGGUCUGCUGGGACUUCAGUUGCUGCUGACAAUUAGCAAGCAGGGUAUCUUCAUGGCUCAGAUGAACUGCUGUUUUUCUACUGAGGUUAAAUAAACGUUGGUAUUUUUGAUUACUUUUGCUACGUAUUUUUGAAGUUCUACUGCUCUAGUUGCUUUUCUGUAAGUAAACCUGUAAGUAAAAAGUAAAAAGUAAACCUUUUCUGUACCUUUCAAGUUCAUUGUCAGCUUUGAAUACAGUAGCCUAGGAGCCCUGUUAUAAAACAUGACCUUUUCGUUAAAUCUUUACAGAAAGACUGUGAAAUAUGAAUCAAAUAAAGUACAUAGUUGAAAAGUAUAUGGCUUGGUCUAGUGCUGUUGAACUGCCAAGUCCUUGAUUCCAAAUCAUGCUUUACUUAUUUCCACAAGACCAUGUUCCCUGUGUGGGAAAGUGCAGAUCCAAAAGUGAUACUAUGAUUUCUUACUGAAGAGUGACAUGUGAGCUUUAACAGUGUAUAUGAAUUAAAGGAUUUCUGGGAGGAGCCUGACUCAGAGUGCCCUGUACAGAGCUCUAAAAAUAUAUUGCAGUGCGUGACCAUUGCCAUAGAUCCAUCAUGAAAACUUGGAAGAAUUUUUCGGUUUCUUAACUGUUACUUCCAUGUGAUGACUGUACAUUAUGCUCACCGUCUGUGCAGGGCGAACUCCUACACUAGCUUAAUCUGCCAGCCAAAUAUGCGUAAGGUCUGAAUUGUGAAGGGUAUGGAUAGUUUGUUACCAAAAGGAUAACUUGGGUGAAAAAAUGUAGUCCCUCUCUUGGAGGAGAAUGCUCAUCAACUAAAUCUGUAUCCCAGAUUUUCAAUAAAACAUGUUUUUCAAAA